UGGACUUUGCCCACAACUGCCAUUCGUUUUCCACGUGACGUUGAUAUAAAGGAACCCUGAAAAUUUUGCAGGUUGCAAAGUCAGGCACUGCAGUUGUUGGUUGGUUCUUCUCGCCUAUUUGUACUGUGCAGCAACCAAAGAGAAAAAUGAAGAGGAUACCGGUCAACAAGGCCUUGUUGCCAGCAAAAGCAGCCUACUUCUUCUUUUAUUUUUCUUACUCCAGCGUCACGCCAUACAUACCCGUAUUUAUAACAGCCUAUGGCCUGAACGCUGAACAAGCAGGCUUCGUUCUAGGCGCACGUUUAUUUUCUCAGUUCAUCAGCGGACCGUUGUGGGGAGCUAUUGCCGACAAGACUCGCAAAUACAAGUUAGUGCUACUUCUCCAGAUUGUUAUCAGUAGUAUUCUAACUUUUACGGCGCCAUUUGUGCCCAUGGCUAUUCCAAAGACCUCUUGUGGUGUAAUUUCAAAAGCACAUGACAACAGCACGGUAAUUGCAACAAUGCCUUCUUUGGUGGUAACGACUCCAUUGUUCAUACAACCUACUACGAAAUUUGGUAAUCUAUCAGUGCCUAUGACCGAAGACCGUAAUGCAGAAGCGGUAAAGACGACAGAUGUGGUUCCUAGAGGAAUAGAUCUCACCAACAACUCGAUGACCACGGAGUACCCGAAUAUCUCUUUAUCAUCCCAACAACAAACAAAGAUAAAAACAAACAAAGUUAACGAUGGCGGGGGCUCCGAUUCCCGCUGCAAAGCAAGUACAGAUAAGUUAUUUACACUUAUGAUCAUAUGGUUUGCCUUGAUUGGUGCUUUUGAUGGUGGCAUCCCUAUACUCAUUGACAAUUCUGUUAUAGACACUAUUGAGAAAGUGAAGUCGUCAGAUUUUGGUAAGCAAAGGCUUUGGGGAGCUGUUGGAUUUGGAUUGGCAGCUUUUGCCUCUGGAGUCGGCAUUGAACUUUCAGGAAGCAAAGGACCAAACUAUUUUACAAUGUUUUACAUUUUCUUGGGUAGCAAUGUUUCAUUGUUUAUAAGUUGCUGUUUUUUGGACAUGAGUGGUCACCAGCAUAAAAGCAAUUUGCUCAACAAGGAGAGAGAGAAGAAGCCAAACCUCACAAAGGGCUUGAUCAAGACCUUCAAAAAGUUCAAUGUGUCAUUCUUCUUCCUUACUGUUUUAAUCAUGGGUAUUGCUAAUGGUUUGUUAUAUGGCUUUAUGUUCCUGUAUAUUCAGGACCUCAAAGGAUCAAAGAUCAUCAUGGGCCUGAGUAUUUUGGUAGCUUGCUCAACAGAAGUCAUAAUGUUUCCAAUUUCAAAUUCUGUUAUUAAACUUCUUAGAGGAAACUUAAUUGCUAUUGCUCUGUCCUUUGCGAUGUAUACUGUACGCUUUUUAGGGUUCUCUGUUCUCCAGAAUGCCUGGUACAUUCUUCUCUUACAGCUUCUUCACAGUAUCUGUUUUGCUCUCUUUUGGAAUGCAACAGUGUAUCAUACUUCUGAUCUAGCUCCUAAGGGAAUGAAAGCAACCCUCUUAGGAAUCAUGAAUGGCAUUUUCUUUGGUAUUGCUGGUGGAUCCUCAAGCUUAAUUGGUGGGAUCCUGUAUAAGCAUUUUGGUGGUCGCAAACUUUUCAGAGGGUAUGCCAUAAUUUGUGGUGUGUGGACAGUUUUCAUGAUCUUGCAUAUUCUUGAAAGAAAGAAGCACGGAAAACUUGGGAACUUGAAAGACAGGAAAAAUGAAGAUGAGGACCAGCCUGCCAAUGAAGAGCAACAAAUAUCAGCACAACUUUUAUCUGAGAACAAAGUAUGAAUGCUUGAUAGUUGCAAAGACUUUGCUCUGUAAUUAGUAGACUUUGCAACAAAUAAUGGUUGACUCUAUUGAUAAAAAAUUUUUAUUCUAAGGAAUGUAUGUGUUUGAAUUGGUAUGUUCAAAAUGUGUGUAGGAUCCUUGACAAGCAAUCCUUGCCACCCUUAAAACUGUCCAUGUAUCAGCUCAUUGGCUUUUUUGUGAGAUGUAACAUCAAAUGAUGUAACAUUUAAAGUACUGUUUCCCCCAAAAUGAAAAUAUAUACACUUGGAUGAUUUUAGAACAAAUAUAUAUAUACUUUAUUAUAUACUGAUGGAAUGGCAACCAUACAUUGUCAAUCUGAAAGCUUGUCUUCUAUGCAACAAAUGUCAUAAUUUUAGCAAAGGGCUGUUUUAUAUUUGCAUGUUGUACAUUGUCAGCCAGGGGUCCUCUAGAUAAUCCAUAAUAUUUUUAAAAUGACCAGACCACAAAGCAAACUUCCAACAGUUCUGGUGCCAAGGAACUGUAUCCCUUACCCCCAGCCACUGCACCCCUGACUGAAAGUAUGAUUAAAGUAAUGUUUUACCUUUCUCAAUGACUUUAGUAUGGCCCUAUAUUUUCAAAGUAGCAAGUGAUUUUGGUCCCCAAAAUUUCUCUACCCCCUUUUAGUAUUACCAGAUUUUAUACAAAAUGAGGAAAUCUGUAUAACAGUUUUUGGUAGAGUAUUUGAAAUCUUUACUAGCCAGCUCAUUGAUUGUCCAGUAGUUUGUAUGUAUGAUAAGUAAUGGCCAGGCAAAAUAAUCCUUUUUCAUACAGUAAUAGCAUCUUAUGGAGAUGAAAUGUUUUUUAAACUUCGUACUGUGGACAAGAGGGAAAGGAUUUGAAAAUUUGCAAAUGUCAUCAACAAUGAAUGUAUAUGACUCCUUACUGAAUCUUUUUAAAAAAGUAUAUGAUAAUUUUUUAAAAUUGAGUUCUUCUCUAAAUGAUAAUGCAAAUGUAUGUUUUUAAAAUGUAUACCAAUCACUCAGA